UCGUCAUCCCUCCCUAUCAAACAUUAUAGAUAUAAAUUGUCAUUUAACGUGAACUUUCUACAUUGUAAGACGGACUUAUUUUGGAAAUUGAAAGAUAAAAAAAAUCAUAGGUUGGUUGAGUGUUAGAUCAAGAUACAUAUUCGGAAAAUAUAGAGAAAAUUGUAUUUAGACAAGUGCAGAAAAGACAUGGAUUCGGUCAAAAUUAUGCUUGCAUUUGUUCUACUUUCUUAUACAAUGAUUGUCAAUGGGACCCCAGUGGGGGAUUGUGCAUUUAUUUUAUGCUUUUAUCCAAUCGAUUGUGACAAAUCACCACCAGCGAACGGACUAUGUUGUCAAAAAUGCAAAGAAAGCAAAGGUAACUCUUGUACCUAUGAAGAUGGUGAAGGUAGUGAAAAAAUAAAAGUAAACAUUCCGGACGGGAAGAGCAAAAUGAUAGACUGUAAUACGUGUACCUGCAGUGACGGCGUGCUUGCAUGUACCGAGAUUGCUUGUGUGUAAACCUGAGAAAAAAAAGUUGCCAUUGAUGUUGACCUGAAACGAAAGAAAAAAUAUAAACCUUUAUUUCUAAUACUUCUUGAAUCGA